AGGCAUUUUAUCAAAUUAUAUAAUUGUUUCUUACAACAUAAAAAAAUGGGUAAAGUAAAAAAAAUUGAGGAAAGUAAAAAAAUAAAAGUCAAACGUCAAUUAUUUGUCAAACCUGUAGCUGUUGUUAAACCCUAUGUGCCCGAAAAUGCUUAUAAAGCGCCUCAAAAUUAUGUACCUCAAGUGGUUGAAACAAGACCACUUGAGGAAUCAGAUGAGGAAACAUACGAAGACCAAUUGGAAAUCUACGACGAUAUUCCAGAAAUAGACGAUGAACAAGUUCGCAUACUCGAUGGUAUUAUGAUUCGUAUUGAUCGUCAUUUAAACGACGGCAUAAUGAAUCGAAAUGAACGAUAUUUUUCACUAAAUGGAGAUUUAACAACUAGACGAGUGGUUUGUUUUGGAUGUUGUUUAUGUAAAGGCGAAGAGAGCGAACAUAAUCAUUGUUGCGCAACAACCGUGUGCCCGUACAUACAAGAUUUAUUUGAGCGGUGCCGCGGUUGUUGUUAUUGUAUAUAAAAAUAUAUUUGUAAAUAAAUUGUAUACAUGUAAAUAAAAAAUUCAUUUAUCAAAAUGUCUUUUGAUGCGACGGACGAUUGUUUGUUAUAUUUAUAUCAACUUAAUUUAGAUUUAAAAAAACAUUUACAGGAAACGCAUUUAAAUCAAGGUGUUUGGAUGGAUAAAGUUCUUUUAGCUGAAGAAAGCGAAUUGGAUAGUUG